AUGCGCCAAGCUCCUGCUGAGACACGGGGCCACCGUCGACCAGCCCAGCGAGGACGGGGGGGAGACAGCACUGCACGUGGCAGCCAGGCACUGUCUCUGUGACCAUGCCCGUCUCUACCUGCGGCACGGGGCAUGCGUCAACGCACGCAGUGCGCGGGAGGACACGGCCCUUGGCAUCCUCUGUGGGCAGGCACCGGGUGCCGAUGUCACCGCCAUCGACUAUGAUGGCAUCUCCCCCCUGGGCUGCGCGCUGCAGAGUGCUGCCUUCAAGCGGGAGCUGCGGCCCCACCUCACCGUCCAGCUGCUGCUCAACCACGGCUCCCAAAAGAUAUGGCCCCCUGCCUUCAUCAAGGUGCUGAAGUCCUGCGCAGCCGUGCCAGAGAUCAUCGAAGUACUCUUCAAUUCCUACUCACAAAUCCCCAUAUCUGAGAAGUGGGCUGACGCCGUGCCGGAGGAGGUGUUUCAGCAGCACCAGCUAUUCUACGAGUCCCUUUUCCGGCUGGCAGGAACAGUCCGGUGCCUGCAACAUUUAUGCCGCUCUGCCAUUCGGAAAAAGUUCGGCAGCAAAUGCCAUUGCCUUAUCCCCUUGCUGCCUGUGCCCAAGCCUUUGCACGAUUAUCUGCUGCUGGAGCCUGAAGGAGUCGUGCUUUGA